UAUUUAUUUUAAAACAGUUUUUUUAAACACUUCGAAUUUACGUGUGCUAUAUUGUUUAUUAUUUAUUUAUUUUAUAACAGUUUAUUUAAGUACAAGAUAGUUGAAAAAUGCGUAACGCUGACUGGAUGACGAAAUUGCCACCACAUCUACGAGCGAUGUCAAUUAUUUAUUUAGCAAUACCAGGAUCACACAAUUCAAUGACUUAUGGCAUAUCAAAUCAAUCUGAGAUCGCUGGUGAUGCCACUAAAGCAAUGCGUUAUUUAUAUCGGGUAUUUCCAUGGUUUCUACGUCGUUGGGCGAAAACACAGACAGCAACCGUCGGUGAGCAACUACGGUUAGGUAUUCGUUAUUUCGAUUUACGUGUUUGCUUGAAAGAGGAUGAAUUUUACUAUACACAUGCAGUUAUUUCAAUGGAUGUCGCUACACCGCUUUAUUAUAUACGAGAGUUUCUCAGUAAACGGUCAGGAGAAACUGUUAUACUAGAUUUUCAACAUUUUUAUGACAUGAACAUUGCUGACCACAUGAGACUGCAAAGAAUGCUGAUACAAAUUUUUGGAGAUAUGCUGUAUAAGCCCUCAGACGGACCACUUCUUAAAUGUACACUGAAUUAUUGUACAAAGUAUCGUAAACAAGUGAUUAUUGUUUACAGAUAUAAUUCGAAUGCAUUAAGUAAAGAUUUUUGGCCGAGCAAAAGCGUUUAUACGCCGUGGCCAAAUGUGUGUUCUAUAGAACUUCUCAAGGAGUUUCUUCAGCACAGCCUAAUGUCACGUCCGCCAACAGAUGGCUACGUAACACAAGUUGUAUUAACACCAGAUGCGAAAUAUAUUGUAUUACGAAUUUGUUCAGGAUUAAAGAGCACAGCAAAAAGAGUUGAUAGAAAAAUGAUUCCUUGGAUUAGUGAACAGAUGCCCGGACCUUAUACAUGUCGUAAUCCAAAAGUCAAUAUAUUAAUUGGAGACUUCAUUGAAAUAAAUUGUGCAGCUUUCUGCAAUACAAUCAUAGAAUUAAAUGAAAAAAUACCAAUUGAUUUUGCGACGCAUGUUGAAUGUCCUGAAACACGUGUUAGCAGAAUUGACCAUUUGGACGAUUCAAUUUUUCAUGAUGACUUUUAAAGAAUGUUCAACCUAGCUCAGUGUGUAAAAUCAAUUCAAUGGAGAGUGAAUAAACUGGCUCAGAUAUAUAAAAAACGAUUGUUAUACAAAUCUCUGUAAGAUGUUAAUUUAAUAGGCAAUGAUAUCAUUAUUAAAAAGUAUGCGUACAAAUCGAGAAUGCAAGUACCGUUUUUAUAAGAAUGAAAAAAAUUAUGUUCCAGAAAGCCAUCUUUAUCAUUGAGAAUACGUAUGUUGAAAAAUCAUUUUUUUCACAUUGCACUAUGUCGUAAAUGCGUGAACACUAACUUUUGAGUCAAUAAAAAAUUUGAUGCCUUCGAAAUAUGAUGUUAUUUACAUUUGCUUAAAAAUCAGUUGGUGGAGUAUAACACAAAUUUGGUAAUACUUUAUGCGUUCAUAUUGAAAGAAAAAUAUUGAAAACACUGAUAUACAAAAAUUGGUAUAGUUCGGCCAUGGCACCCAGAAAAAUGCGGAGUAUUUGAAUUGAUCAUUAUGUAUAUUUAUUAUGACAGAAUACAAAAUGUAGCUACAUGGCACCAUCCAACAAUCGAUGUAUACAUAUAUAAUAUUAUAGCCUAAAAUUGAUUACACUUUAUACGAUAAGAUAAA